AUGUAACGCGGAAGUGUUGCCACAAGUAACAGGUUGCACGCUCCGCAGCUGGCCCCAUGGACUUCAUGCUUCCCCUGCUCCUCGCCUUUCUGCUGACUGCUUUGCUGCUUGUCCUAAGGAUCUGGCUGGUGCUGCGGAAAGCUGCAGGGUUGCGGCCUGGGGAGAAAGGCUUUGUCAGCAUGUUGGUGGUUGCUGGCUCUGGUGGACACACCACCGAAAUCUUAAGAUUGCUGAGCAGUCUGUCAAAAUCCUAUUCCCCAACACAUUACAUUAUUGCAGAAACAGAUGAGAUGAGCGAAGACAAAAUCCGUGCGUUUGAAAACACAAAAUCAAUUGGAAUCUCUGAGCCUUUGUAUUCUAUCCAUCGCAUUCCCAGGAGCCGUGAGGUCAGACAGUCCUGGAGCUCCUCCUUUAUGACAACCUUAAACUCCAUGCUGUACUCUUUUCCACUUACUGCUCGGCUGCAGCCUGAUUUGGUCUUAUGCAAUGGACCUGGAACAUGUGUCCCUGUUUGUCUGUCUGCAUUUCUGCUGGGAAUCUUCGGUAUUAAAAAAAUAAUCAUUAUCUAUGUCGAAAGCAUCUGCCGUGUGGAAACUUUAUCUCUGUCUGGAAAACUUCUUUAUUAUUUCUCGGACUAUUUUAUUGUACAGUGGCCUCGCCUGAGAGACAAGUACCCAAACUCUAUAUAUCUGGGUAGAAUAAUUUGACAAGUAACACACCAUUAUAAAUCAUUUUAUUGCACAAUAAAUUUGUGUUUUUGAAAUGUAUAAUAUCUGCACUGUGUGCUGUCGGACCAUAAGAACAAUUCAGCUAAUAAAAUUGCUAAGCAAAAUUGUGUAUUUGGGAUAUAUUUAUCCCCUUUUUUUCCAGAGAAACUCUUCAGCCUUCUUGGAAACUGAUUAUUAUUUAUAAAGUGCAGUUUUGUGGUUUCUAAUUGUAAGGAAACUAGAUUUUCUGAAAAUUGGAAUUUGAUAUAUUUGUGAUUUAGUUAAUUUAAAGGGACAUCAAAUCAUUUUUUUUUAUUUGUGCCUCAGAAUGUAGUCAGUACAUUGUAAAACCUCUACAUGCAAAUUAAUUUUUUUUGCAAACACUAAAAAUUGUUAGUUUGUAAGAAAUAUGCAUUGUUUUGCAGACAAAGAACACACCUCUUGAAAAGCCUCCUAAAUGUUAUUUAUUUUGCUGUGACCAAUUAAAGCCAAAUAUAAACGAGCCCCUGGACAUAUCGACCAAUCACUGUUAAGCUUGUAGGAGGAUCAGUAUUCUUUAUUCCCAACCCUCUGAUGGAUUGGGAACACUGCAAAUUUCAUAUUAGGCAAACAAUAUAUAAAAUAACAGAAGUGCAAAUACAUUUUUUGUAUUAUAAAUAAACAUUUUAUGAGGAUUUUGAGUUUAAUGUCUCUUUAACGUACAUGCUUUGGCCUCAGAGAGAUACAUGUUUUACAGAGACAAACCCACAGAUUUUAUACAAAUAGCCUGAAAGCCCCCGUGCUAGUUGAAGUUAAUGAGCGACUGCAUAAAAUAUCAGUCUUUGAUUUCACAUUCCACAGGUGAUCUAUAAAGUAAACAUUAGACAGGCAGCCAUAUGUAGAGUAAGAAUGUAUUCUUGUAAGUUUAAUUGCAAACUGAUCAUGUUUAUUGCUCUUGCUUGUGUUUCUGUAUCAGAUGUUUUCUGUGUACAAUAAAAACUCUAGAAACCUC